CCCUAUCAUAAACAAAAAGUUUAAAAAAAAACAUGUAUAAAUAUAUUUCAAGAUUUCAGUGUGUCAUGAAAUAAAAACCCGGCAAGACAAUGAGACGUGGUCCUGGAGGUAUUGGUGCUAUUAACAAACAAAGAUUAGCAAAGGUAGUAUAGAAACAGACGAUACAAACCUAACAAUCAUAUUUCAAUAUUUCAACAUCAAAUAUUUUAAUAAUAAUGCUAAUGGUAGAUAAUCGAUUAAAUCGAUGAUCGAUCAGGGCCUCUUUUAACAUAUAGACUAGGAGGGACAUGUCCCCCCCCCCCCAGCCCUCUUACUGGCCCCUCCAGUCGGCAAUUUGCCCCAGUGAGGUCCCUAAGAACCCAGACUGCAGAGUACGGCAAGUGCACACCCGAGUUUUUUUUUGGCCAAUGGUAUUGCACACUUAAACAUAUUUAAAAUAUUUUCCAGUUUUGUCAGGCAUUAAAAUAAGGACUUCUAAGACAAGUGUAAUAUAACAACCACCUGAAUAUCGGGAACGCUGAUUCAUGAGCGCAAAUGAAAAAUGUCCAUUAAAGUUUCGAAUUUCUAUCUACAGCAGAGUUUUGCGAUCAUCAGGUUGUUAUGAUUAAACAAAACCGUAUAGCAUGUAAGCUUGGGCACAAGAGAACUUAUAAUUGGUCCGAUUUCCUUGAGGCGCCACCAUGGUUGGUGCCGAGCGGAAAAUUUUUGAAAUUUGGAGUCCCUACAUUGUCGGAAAUGGCAUUUUCGAGUGAAACACUUUUCCAUUUACAACUCAAUUACAAGGACAUGCACAUUUUCCUUUUACAGGACACAAAGUGUGUCAAAAACACGCUAUUUUGUACAUGUUCAUAAUGACUUUUAACUCCGAUCGAAAUAUAUAUUCUUGUUUGUUCGUCAGAAUUUGGACCACGUUUUGUUUUCCUGAGAGGCAGAAAUUUUAGUUAUUUGUACAAAUAACAAUCAUUGUUUAAUAUCAUUAGAACAUGCAGCUAUUUACAAGUGCACACUUGACUACGUUAACUGAGGAUUGCACACUUGCACACCUGAAUUUUUGUCUUACACACCUGAGAUCUCGUCGAAAACUGCCAUACUCUGCAGUCUGGCUAAGAACUACCUGCAGUAGGUGGUCAACCAGCAAUUAUAAUAUGUCAAAGUGAGAAAAUGAUGUUAAGUUGUUAACAUUUCUGAAUUUGACUAUCAUCUGCAGGCCCGUAACUAGCUAUCAGUCAACCGAGUCAAUUGACUCGGUAGGCCAGAAUUUGGGGACUGAAAUUUAAACAUCACCAGAAACCUAAACCAUGACUGAAAUAAUUUCAGACCUCUCAACUCUCACACAUUCGGUGUGAGUCUCACGCAAUUCGCUUCACUCUCACGCUCUCACGCCACAUUUAGUAAAUCUCACCCAUAUAGCAGUUUCAUAGUAUUUUUUCAAUAAUAUAAUAUUGUAUUCAUUAUAUGGAUCGCGAAUCGAAUAUCUAAUCGCGUGUUAUUGUUCUUGCAUAUAUAUAGCCCGACAUUUUGCCCGCAAUUUGGAUAGAAAAUAGUACGCAUAUGUAAAAAUGGCGGAGACAAAAAGCAGAAUCAGUCCGAGCAGAAAUUUAGAAUUAUAUAUGUAAACUAUCAAAGGCAAAUUAAAGCUUAUUACUGUAUGUCACAGAAAUACAGUUAUUGUAACUAAAGUGCCUUGUCUUUUAAAGGACGUUAUGAAGCAAUGUAUUUCAUUAAAAAACACCAACUCUCAUAAUGUACGAAAUGCCAUUUCAGCUAGACCCCGGGACGUUUACAAAGGUGUCAUCCACAUCCCCAAUCUUACUCUUAACUUCUCUGCAAAGUUGAGAGGUCUGUAAUUUGCUCAUGGAACAAGGCAUGAAAUAGCAUUUUAGGACAAAAUUCUAGUUUAGUUUUUCCAAGCAAAGAUACUCCAAAGAGACCACCCUAUCUUGCUCUUCAGUGACACUGAGAUGUAAUACAGUAUAACUGUAGAAUUAGAAGUGUGGUGAAUGAUAAUACUAUACCAUACACAUUUUCAUUACUGCAUCAUCACAUCAUGUUGCCUUAUUGGGACUGGAUUACAUUUGGGAAACUGUAAAAUUACAGUAAUUGUGUCACUGUUUAUAAGGUUAAUUUCUUGCUGGUGGGAAUACUCCUUAAAAUGCUAGAAAUAGCUUAUCUGAGCUUCAGGAAAUCCAAAGACCCCUCUAGAUGGCUUGCACCUUCAGUGCCAGUAUUCAUAUUCAACACAUAUAAUAAAAAUAAAAUUUAAAAGUUUUUUGCUUCCUUACAUGAGCGCUAUGAUGCAAAUGCCCCCAAAACUCACUACACAAACCACAGGGCCUAUCAGAGAAAUUCGGGGCCCUGGGGCAAAUUUUUGCUUUGGGGACCUUUUCUUCCCAAAAAUGUUGGCGAGGGGGGGGGGUAAGGUACUCCAAAGUAGGCUAAGGUACUACAAAGUAGGCUAAGGUACUCCAAGGUAGGAUAAGGUACCCUAAGGUAGGCUAAUUAGGUACUCUAAGGUACUCCAAGGUAGGCUAAGGUACUCCAAGGUAGGCUACGGUACCCUAAGUUCCCCUAAUGUAGGCUAAGGUACUUUGAGGUAAGCAGUAAGGUACUUUAAGGUACUCCAAGGUAAGCUAAGGUACUCCAAGGUAGGCUAAGGUACCCUAAGAUACUCUAAGGUACUCCAAGGUAGGCUAAGGUACCCAGAGGUAGGCUAUGAUAAGGUAAGGUAAUGUACCCUACAUUAGGCUAAGGUAGGCUAAUUUACUCUAGGGAUGUCUAAGGUAGAUUAAUGUACCCUAACACACCCUAAGGUACCCUAAUGUCAUUAUAUUUUGAUAUACUAUAAUGAGGGCUACAUGAAAUCUAUACCUAUAUUAUUAUGGCUUGUACGAUUUGUCAUGCGAAAAACGCAUAAGACACAGUUACUGUGAGUUUUUACUACGAUGGAUUUGCAUUUGGAAGUGUGCAAUUAAGUAUGAUCCUACAAUUAGAAUUGUAAAUAUUUUAAUCUGGAAUAACCGUUUUAACACAAAUUACCGGUAUAUCAAUGAUCACCUGUUUAUGCACGCAUAUAUUAUUUUCUGAUUAUAUUCUAGUCUAGCUAGUGCUUGGCGACAGGGUAGGGUGGGUCAAUGAUUUGUUGCUAUUUGCGUGUACGCAUAGCGUACCUAUUUUUUAAAAGGACACACUUUACCUCCACGCCAUGCAAGCACAACAAUCACUUGGAAGUGUGGCAGACUGACUUGAGCACAAAUACUCGUCAACUAAGAAUAUUCGUUAAAGUUCAGUGCUGCCUUAAGGCAAAAAUUUGUUUCAAAUAGGUAAAAUGAGGGCCAUCAAUAACUUUUAAUUUUCACCGUAACUUGAACAAUAACUUCAUAUCUCGAGCUACGAAAUAAGACUGUUAUGUAAAUGUGACUAAUGCAUAUAUUAGUGCGGUAUUAGUAAAUAUUUUAAAAUUUGUGGGUCACAGAAGCGCAGUUAUGGCACUUUUGGGCUGUUUAGAUCAUAGUCUUUCUGAAAACUCAGUACUAAACUUCAAAGCGGUUGUAAUGAGCUGGGAGUUUAUGUUCAGCCAUACCUUACACCGUGCGCACAUCCUUUGUUUUAGGUUUAUUAAUAUUUAAAUAACAUGGUUGAAUGACUGAACUGAAACGUUGCUAUUGGAUGAUUCGUUCAUUAUACUGAAAUACAAUGUGUUCAUUGGCGUGCACAAAACUGCAUAAACGCGAACAAAAAGAACAAAGACUUUAGCAGGAGUUUCCAAACCAUGUUUUGAAAGACUAUGUGAUUUAUUUAGAUCAAUGGUUGAGGCUAUCUAACAAGUACAUAAAUCAUGCAGUCUAAAUUAUUCAUUAAAUUUUCAGUUGUCGAAUGAAACUUAAAAGCGAGUCCUGAUUGAUUUUUGUAGCAUGAUUUCUGCAGAUAUUGCCAUUAUCAUGAAACCGCGUAUAGGAAAAUAAUGCACAACUUGCAUGUUAGACUAAAUUUUAAUCUAAGUAAAGAGAAGGGAAACAAACACCACAGCUAAAAAGAACAUAAUGAAAUUAGUAAAAUUGCAAAAUUUGCAUGUUUGCGAAAUGUUGUAAAGCUUGAAAAAUAUAGUCUUGCAAAGUUUGCAAAUUUUGUAUAAGUAUGUUUGUAUUACGUGCGGAAAUUGUUACCAUUUUCAGCUCAAAAAUGGUAACAAUUUCCGCACGUAAUAUAUAACAUAUACAAAAUAUGCAAACUUCACAAGGCUAUAUUUUCCGUAUUUUACAACAUUUCGUAACCAAAUUUUGCAAUUUUAUUAAUUUUAAUAAGCUCUUUACGGGAAUAUACUUUUUUUUGCCUAGAUCAAAAAUUAGUGGCUAGCAUGCAAGUUGUCUAUUGAAGCCGGUGGUAAUUUUACAGAAUUACAGGCGUUUCUUGACAUGUAAAAACUACAGAAAAACCAGAAAUAUAUAUAAACCAGAAAUAUAUAUCUGGCUAUCAUCAUGCAGGAAAUAAACACAUGAUUACUUUAAACAAUAUUGCUGUGGGAAGUGACUGGAAAUGGAUUUUCCGGGCUUUAUUCCCAAGACCAAGUACAAUUUUCAAUUUACAAGGACAUAUUUUCGUUUUACAAGGACACAAAGUGUGUCAAAAACACGCUAUUUUAAUGCCUGGAUGUGUCUGUGUUUAGGCCAAGUAUGAACAGAAAGGAAGUGCUAUUGCUGAUGCACAGAUAUCUCAGGUUGGCUUUAUUUUUACAAAUAAAGUAUAAUGAUAAAUGUCUUUCGAGUUGCAUGAAAAAUUCAAAUAACAUAACUGUGAUGUAACUGUUGAUGCUAUUGUGUUUAAACUUUAGAUGUCCAAACAGCUGGAAUCAUUUAAAACUUAUCUUGAAGAAUUUGCUACCAAACACAAAUCAGAUAUCAAGAAAAAUGCUGAAUUUCGAGGUCAUUUUCAGCAAAUGUGUGCAAGAAUUGGAGUUGACCCUUUAGCAUGUACGUAUUAGUGUAAUGUGUAUUACACAAUAUACAGUUACUGGAUGAGGUUUUUGUGAUAUCUAUAAUUAUAAAGGUGGAGGUACUGAUAACACUUACCAUAAUUCCGGAAAUCACAAGAACCAAAUUCAGUAAUUUUAUACAUUGCAUUUUCAUUAAAAUCUUUCAACAAACAAUGGUUUGGCGCGCAAAAACAACAUUUAGUUUUUAAAAAGGCUUAUUUGUGAAAACGAUUUAAAAUAUCACAAUAACAGAUAACACUGUUAUUUGUAAUUUGAGCUAGUGGUCUGUAAUUUUAUAGCAAGUGCAGCAACAGCAGCAACAACACCUGAUAAGCAACAAUCAAAAUUGUGUUAUUGUAUGUGCUCUGUUGUUACGCAUAGAAGAUGACCAAUGUGUUAAUUAGACAAAAAAAUAUUUGUUUAUUUUAGCGAGCAAAGGAUUCUGGGCAGAAAUGUUGGGAGUAGGUGAUUUUUAUUAUGAGGUAAGCAGCCGGGAUAAAGUAAUCAGUGGAUAUUAUGUUACUGACAACACUACAAUUCAGAUUAGAGAAAAGGACAAUUGGAAAUACAAUUUACAGUAUGACGUCUGGUUUCUUUCGUUUGUUAAUAAUUUAUUAUUCUGACUGGUGCUUUAUUUUGUAAUUAUCUAACCUAAGUGGUGAGAGGCUGCCAUGGGACAAGCUAGCCCCUCCAAUAUACAAGCUUCCAUCCAAUCCUCUAUCGGACUUUACCGUAUACUAUAGCUCAGUUGGAAGAGCGUCGAGCUAGCAUUUCGAAGGUCACGUGUUCGAAACCCAGCAGCGGUAGGCAGAAUUUUCGGCUUUUGACCUGUAUAGCUUAAAAUAUGUCACACACCACGAGCUAAUUUCUACUGCUUUAUGAUGGUGGUAUGCAAAUCAUGAAAGAAUGGAGGAGUCGGUAGCGGACCUACCACGAAGCUGCCUUAUAUGUACGAUGAAUUUGGCAAAGAAACCAGCAGACUGUCACAGCGGAUUUGGACCCCAGUAGAUUUGGACCCCCCAGUCCAAAUCUCCUAGUAGAUAUGGACCCCCCGGUCCAAAUCUCCUAGCAGAUGUGGACCCCCUUUAGCGGAUAUGGACCCCCUUUUUUAAACAGUUUUCUACACUAAGAACAACCCCAAUAACGGUGAAUAUGUUAAAUUCAAUUAGUUUUCCGAUACCCGUAGCUACUUAUCAACCACACAUAGUCAUUUAUUGUGAAUAGAAAACUUUUCAUUGCCAGUGAGAUCCAAAUUCAAAAAUAUUAAACUACAAGUAAACUAGAAAGAUCCAAAUGCAUGGAAAGUGUGUAUACAACUAUAAAAGGAUAAAUAAACACACUAAAAACUCAUGUAUAUACGUAAUAUGACGUUUAUAUGAGCAAAAUAGCUAAAAAGGCUUCCAUUUAGAUGAGUCACCAUCACUUAUUGUUUAAACAUUUUCAUGGAAUCGCGUUGCUCUAAUAUUCUAUUUCUAUAGCUUUUCUUAAAACCAUUAGUGGAUAGUCGCAGGCUUCCAUUCAGAUGAGCCGCCAUCACUUAUUGUUUAAAAACAUUCAUGGAAAUCGUGUUUCGUGUCGAUCCAAAUGCUGUAUGCAAUUUCUACGAUUGUACUCUAUUUUUCUAUUUUACGUUUUGUGGCCUUUAUCACAAAUAUUUAAGUGACUAUAAAUACUUCAGAUUGAUCACUAUUAUGAAUUUGGUUUAUAUUAUUGUGUUCACAUUACAUAUAUUUAACUUUUGAAGGGGGUUCAAAUCCGCCAACGGGGGUCCAUAUCUACUAGUGGACCCGGGGGUCCAAAUCUACUAGUGGAUAUGGACCGGGGGUCCAAAUCUACAGGGGUCCAAAUCAACUGGGACACCUGCCUGACGUUUGGAUCAAGUUAUUAGGCCAGCUGUAGCGGCUGCUGUUGCCGCUCCAAUACGAGAACUGUUACUGGAGUAAUAUUACUCGCUUGGCUAAGCUCUAUCCAAAAGAUGACGCAAAUAAAAAUUAUCUUGUGCCGAGGUAAGUGGAGAACCGUCUGGCCAACGAUCAAGGGAUGAACCACACACCGCUAUGUAUCGUUGACCGAACGCCCAAUAUAUACAAAACAGCCCGAUGCAAACUGAUCUUUCUUCAAAGAUUCAAUGUGAAGCCUGACAGCGAACCAGCGAUGAAUGCCUUAUUGGAGAUUCAGAGAUCGUGUUGGGCAUUGAAAUGCUCCCCAAAGCGAAAAAAAGCUAAAAAGAAAGCUGCCCAAAACAUCCGUGCUCUUGCUUCCGAGGCUUGA